GACGAUCUCAAAACGGAACUGGAACAGCAGAAAAUAAAUGGAGUUGGUAUGGAGUCCAACAUUCAACUUCUCAAAGCACAACUGGAACAACAGAAGAAGGAUAGUCUUGAAAAGGAGUCGAACAUGAAACUCCUUAAAACAGAGCUGGAACAACUGAAAACAGAUGGCGUUGAUAAAGAAUCGAAAAUUCACUUUCUUACAGCGGAGCUGGAGCGUCAGGGAAAAUUGAUUGGUGAUCUUAACAUGCAAUUAAAUAAUCAAUCUCUUAGAGAAGAGCAGAAACGACAGGGAAAGCUGAUAGAGGAACUUGUUCAGGAAUCGAAGAAACUCCAUUUGAUGCUCCACCCUCCGAAUUGUACCGAUGCUAAGUCCAGUGGGAUUCACGAAAUACUCAUCACCAAGUUUAGCAGUCAACCUUUCAAAGUGGCCUGCGAUGCAGAAACUCGAGGGGGAGGCUGGACGAUUAUCCUGAGGAGGAUGGAUGGAACUGUCGACUUCUAUCGCAACCGGGCUGCAUACAAAGAGGGAUUUGGAGAUUUAAAUGGCGAGUUCUUCUUAGGACUCGAUAAAAUUCACGCAUUGACGGAAGAAAGGAACCAGGAAUUACUUGUUGUCCUAGAGGACUUCGGAAGACACAAAGCUUAUGAGUUGUAUGACAGCUUUGCAAUCGGCGAUGAAAAUCAACAAUAUGUCUUACACACUCUGGGAAAUGCGACUGGAGAUGCGGGUGAUUCACUCUCUUAUCAUCGUGGCAUGAAAUUUAGCACCAAAGAUCGAGAUAAUGAUAAUAAGAAAGACGACAACUGCGCCGUAAACUUCCCUGGCGGCUGGUGGUACAAUGGGUGUCUCGAUAGCAACUUGGCAGGGAAGUUCAAUGCUAACAGAUGGGCCAGGGACGUCAGUUGGAACUCUUUUAAGGGUGAAGGGUACUCCCUCAAAAAAGCAGUCAUGAUGAUUCGGCCAACGAAUUAAAUUCUAAGACUCUACAACGUUUGAAAUCUGUUCGAUCUGCUCAAAUGUAUAUUGCGAUACCUCAAAACAUAUUCUAUUAAACAUGUUUGUAGAUAGUUUAAUUAUUUAUUUUUUAUGAAAUCUUUAUUUCAUGUAUGUUGAUUGAAUGAAACGACUGCGAAGAUAUGUGUACUGGGCAACUAACA